ACAAUUAUGCUGAUUAUUUUACUGUUUUCAGCGGUUUUUAUCGUCGAAACCGCUCAGAUAACAAAGGAUAAGGAUACAGCUGCACUUAACCAAUCGGCAGCGUUCAACCCACUAAGCGCCUUGGUGAAAUGUUCGUUUCUUCCUCUCGAGUUCCUGGACUGUGAUGAACCGAUCAACUUAAAGGGAAACCGUACCGCCCGAGACGAGGUGGGGUAUGGCUGCGUAAAAUUAGGAGGUGUUUACUACGAUGAGGUCGAGGUGACCAAGGCCAAAUGCAUGGUGUUCGAGAAUAUUGAAUGCUACGGACCACGAGAAUUUAUGCGCGAUGGAUUCUCGUGUGUCAAGUACACGGAUCACUAUUUCGUAACGACAUUACUGUAUAGCAUUUUGUUGGGGUUCCUCGGAAUGGACCGAUUUUGUCUUGGGCAGACUGGUACCGCCGUCGGUAAGCUACUAACUCUCGGAGGAGUGGGCAUCUGGUGGAUUGUGGACAUCGUGCUUCUGAUCACGAACAACUUAUUACCGGAGGACGGCAGCAACUGGAAUACUAAGGUGUAAAGGAUUUGGCUACAACAAACCAUAACCUAUGUCCGUCAAAUAAGUCAAGAGGCCAACUUGCGAUGUGAAGAAUGAAAACUGAGACGAUUGGUAGGGUUAAUUAUUUUUUAAGUUCAUCGUUCGUUAUACAUUAAAUUCUGGGACACUUAAAAGAGCUAAGUUAUUUGGAUCAAGGAACGACAACUAAACGAAAAGUUAUUGCAGCAAGUAGUAGCGAUAUGCAGAAUAUCCUUCGUUCAACAAAACGCAAACGGUAAGACGAAUGCUCACCGAUGUCGAGAUAUAAAUUAAUUGCACCCUGUGCCUAACAGCUACAGUGGGGUAUGUGGUAAAAUAACCUGCUUUCGUCUUAAAUUAAAUAGCUAUUUUUGAUCGAAUUCUUGUGAACUAAUUGCUAAUGUUUAACUGUCAUGAGUUGAAAAAAUUACAUUAAAACCCCUGUUACAGCUUAAGUUCUGUGGUACAUUGUAGUAUAAACGAUAAGAGAAAAUUGUAAAUAAAACGUUCCUUUAAGGAUUAAAUAUAGAA